CGGGCUGGUGCUGUGGCCGGAGAUGCUGGCGGCUGGCGGCGGCGGCUCUCGGUGGCUCGAAGCAUUGUAUUGAAGGCAACGUGGGGGUGGCGCACUGCCAGAUUGUCCGUAAAUGACCUACUGACUUUGUGACCUUUGAGACGUCGUUUCUUAUCCAAGAUCUGAAUCUUCAGUGGAAGAUUUGCAUUUGUGAAACGCCUUCCUUUGCACUCCUUUGUUGCAUCUGGUAAAGUGAAUGGUGAGGACGGGAGUUUGAUGACCCAGGCCACAGAAUUUCUUUGCUUGGAGUGCACGUUAUGAACCCUUUCUGGAGCAUGUCUACAAGCUCUAUACGCAAACGAUCUGAUGGUGAAGAGAAGCCGUUAGCAGGGGACGUGAAAACCAGUCCUCCACGCACUGCUCCAAAGAAACAACUGCCUUCUAUUCCCAAAAAUGCUUUGCCCAUAACUAAACCUACUUGUCCAGCUCCAGCGGUACAGUCCACAAACGGUACACAUGCUUCUUAUGGGCCCUUCUACCUGGAAUACUCUCUUCUCGCAGAAUUUACCUUGGUUGUGAAGCAGAAGUUACCAGGAGUCUAUGUGCAGCCAUCUUACCGUUCUGCAUUAAUGUGGUUUGGAGUGAUAUUCAUACGGCAUGGACUUUAUCAAGAUGGCGUAUUUAAGUUUACAGUUUACAUCCCUGAUAACUACCCAGACGGGGACUGUCCACGCUUGGUGUUUGAUAUCCCCGUCUUUCAUCCGCUAGUUGAUCCCACCUCAGGUGAACUGGAUGUGAAGAGAGCAUUUGCAAAAUGGAGACGGAAUCAUAAUCAUAUCUGGCAAGUGUUAAUGUAUGCGAGGAGAGUUUUCUACAAGAUUGACACAACAAGCCCCCUAAACCCAGAGGCUGCAGUACUGUACGAAAAAGAUGUCCAGCUUUUUAAAAGUAAAGUGGUUGACAGUGUUAAGAUGUGCACGGCUCAUUUGUUUGACCAACCUAAAAUAGAAGACCCCUAUGCAAUUAGCUUUUCUCCAUGGAAUCCUUCUGUACACGAUGAAGCCAGGGAGAAGAUGUUGACUCAGAAGAAGCCUGAAGAGCAGCACAAUAAAAGUGUUCACGUUGCUGGCCUGUCCUGGGUAAAGCCUGGCUCGGUACAACCUUUCAGUAAAGAAGAGAAAACAGUAGCAACCUAAGAGGUGGUGAAUCUGGUGCACUGUGCACUUUCCUGCUGGACUCUGGCCUAGUUAAAGCUGACCAAGGCAAGGGACUGGCCGAAGAGUAAAACUGUGGACAGUGACUGAGAUCAGUGUUCUCCAUGUGUGCUUAGGUUCUCCCGCUGGUUUUGGACACUUUUAAGUAACGCAUUACUUCUGUCAGAAGUGUUUUUAGGGUGGUUUACUAGUUCAACACUCCAAAUUGUUGGGGACCUGAGGCUUAAAUAUUUUUCUGAACAUAAUGCUAAAGGUAAGUUGCAUUCAUUGAAACUAAUACUAGAAUAGGAAGAGUUCAACACUACUUAAUGAUUUUUAAACUGUUGGCUUCAGUUGUACAUGUGUUAGGAUGUGGGAGAGCAAGUUCCAUAGUAGAUCAUUUGAAACUCAGUCCUCAGCCCACUGUCUUACUGAUUUACAAACUGCUGUCACUAAGGUACGUUACUAGUUGAGGGAGAGGAAACCAGACACUUAUUCAUAGUUCUUUUUUUUUUUUAAAGCAAAUUACUUGAUGUAUUUUUAUGGUGGGAGGAGAAAAAGUGUUAAAAUGGUUUCUAAUGAAGUCAAAUAUUUAAAUGAUGAAUGACUAAUGUGUUUGUAGAGACGAAAUAAACUAAUAAAUGAU